AGAUGGCGGAGGCUGCGGACACACCACAACACCGGUUUUUCUGUCACUGCUGUAAAAGUGAAACAAACCCCAAACUCCCGGAUUUUAUCUGUCCGAGAUGUGACUCUGACUUCAUUGAGGAAGUGACAGAAGACUCCAGUCUCCUGCAGAACAGCACAUCAGCAGCCAGUGACGAUUCAAACUCGUUGUUCUCAGACUUAUGGCAGCUGCUGUUCAUGGAGCGCUCUGCUCUGCUGUCACAUCCGCCCUCCUCAGAGUCCGACCCCGAUGACAGCGAGCAGGUAUCUGCAGGUCAGAGCCUUCCGUCUCCAGAGUCGCCAGGCUCCUCCGACGCCGGAGAACCAGAGUCUUCCUCCCAGCCUGAACAAGAGAGGUCAUCCAGGUCGGAGCAAAGGCCUGCAGUGGAAGGGAUCGUGCAGCAGUUCUUGGCCGGCCUGUUUAGCAACAGCGGAAACCCCGGUGCUGCCCCAGCUGCUCUAUCCAGCAUGCUACAAUUGCACUCAAACCCUGGAGAUUAUGCAUGGGGUCAGGGAGGUCUGGACGCGGUCAUCACAGAGUUGUUAGGACAGUUGGAGAGCACAGGUCCUCCCCCAGCGGAAAAGGAGAUGAUCUCAUCCCUGCCAACAGUUUGCAUCUCUCAAGAACAGACAGACUGCAGACUGGAGUGUCCUGUUUGUAGGGAGGAGUAUUCAUCGGGGGAAUCUGUUAGAAAGCUCCCCUGCCUCCAUUACUUCCACAGUGAAUGUAUAGUGCCGUGGCUGGAGCUGCAUGAUACCUGCCCGGUGUGCCGAAAAAGCCUAGAUGGUGUUGACAACAGCCUCCCGCCCACAUCAGAGCCCCCAGAGGCUCGCUCCAUCAGGACAGAGCAACAGGAGAGGCAGGCGAUCUGAGAAACAGGCCAAGCAACUCUACCUCCUUUACUGUUUUCAAGAGACUCGAUUCUCACCUCAGACUUUUGCCUCCGCAUCGACUGCUUCCAAAAAAAAAUACAGUACAUGCAUCACAGUCAAAACUUGCAGCUUCAACUCUCCCUUCAUCAUCCCUGAUGAGGAGCUUUUGGUUUUCUUCACCAUCUUUAAGCCACACUACACACAAAAGGACCGUGCAGUUUGCAGAAGAGAUUCAGAGGUGAUGUGUCCUUCUCGCUACACUGCCCUCUUAAGUGCUUUUCUGAAUGACUGACUUUGAUGUCGUGAACUAAUCACCACUGAGCUGCCAGUGGUUGUCAAAAUGAUGGGUAUUCACAGAGUUAUGAAGUAACACUGUUGCAUUAAGGCUUUCAAUCAGACGAUUUCCUCACGCAGAGUAUUUUGUUUUUCCACCCAGUCUGAUUCAGCGUUGAUCUCCUCUCUAUAUUAAAGCCUAACCCUGUGAUCCCCA